AUGGACUAUCCUAGCGGUCACAGGGAGGCCGUUUAUAUGAACGACUAUUGUAGGUACGUUUUUAGCCUACCUGAAAACUUGUAUAUUAGCAGACAAAAGUCCAUUCGCCUUGUCGUUCGAAGGCACGCCGUCGUGGUUGCAAACUUUACCGAACAUAAGCUCGUCGAAAUUCUGCACUACCUUAUCGGCCAAGGUGUUUUUCGCUACCCAUCCGCUGCUGCACAAGAAUUUCCGAAUCUCCGCGAAGCCGGGAUCACCAUCGGGGUGCAGAGUCCGGCGGAUAUAUCGAUUGAGAACCGCCUCCCUGAGAGCCAGACGCAUGAGAUGACUACAAUCGAUUUGUCGUGGUUAAGGGAUUCAUUCGAUGAUAAUAGUUAUUCCGAUCUCAUCUUGGUCUCCCGCGGCAGACAGUAUAAUGCUCAUCGCGCGAUUGUCUGUCCACAGUCCCCAGUAAUAGCGAAGAAAUGUAAAUUCCAAGACGCAACUCAGGGGGGCACUUUGUGUGAUACUUGUGGAGCCUCGCCCGGAUAUUAUUUCGACUUCCUAGACGAUGACCCUCAAGCUGUGGAUUGUCUAAUCCAAUACUUUUAUCAACAGGACUAUCAGAGCAGCUGCAAUAGUCCUAGAGUAAAGGAUGCUGAGUCAUGUGACGCCGAGCAUGAAGUAUCAGUAUCAUUGUCGGAACAAGACGACAUCGAUGACUCUUAUCCUAUACUCCACGUUAGGGUAUAUGCACUGGCCGAGCUCUAUGGCAUACUUACCCUCAAAAGGCUAGCAUUGGAAAAGUUCAAUAAGACAAUACGAGAAAAUGUGCAGACACAUCGGUUUCUUGCCAGCGUUGAGGAGGCAUAUACGUCUACAGUGCAAGAGGAUCGGGGGCUACGCGAUGCUAUAACAGAAUUCUUCUAUACGCACCCUGACUUAUUGGACGAGGAGAGGGUGCAACACACUCUUCGGAGGACAGAAAACCUGUCAUUUGACAUAGUUAUGUAUUGGCACCAUGAUCACCAAACACCAAAGAAAGCUGUACCUAUCUGGGGCUAUCCCGUAGCUUCUUAA